GAGAUUUGAACCUUUAUGUUUUCAGGGCAGGAGAAACUUGACAUGGGAAAAAACAUCAUGAGGUUCCUCUGUACUCUGCUUUCUCUUACUGUGAUUUGCUGGCUAACUGAAGGUACUCUGUCAAAAACAGAUGCAAAGAAAGGUGCUACAAAAAAACUGGAAGAAAAGACACUGCAUUCUGAUAAGGACGUGCAGGACCGGGGACUGGUAGUUGUGGAUCUAAAGGCAAAGGAUAUUAUACUGGAACACAGAAGUUAUUGCUCCAAGAAAAUGAAGCAAAGACAUUUCUCGGGAGAUGUUCUUGGUUAUAUUACUCCUUGGAACAGUCAUGGCUAUGACAUUGCUAAAAUAUUUGGAAACAAAUUUACGCUAAUCUCACCAGUCUGGUUACAAGUGAAAAGGAGAGGGAAGGAAAGUUUCCAGUUCACUGGACUCCAUGAUGCUGAUAAAGGCUGGAUGAAAGAUGUCAGAAAAAACUCCAAAAACAUCAAAGUUGUGCCUCGAAUUUUGUUUGAUGGCUGGACUUACCAGGACUUCGAAAGUGUUUUUGGCAGUGAGGAUGAGAUAGAGGAGCUUUCUGAGAGUAUGGUUCUUCUAGCCAAGAAUGAAAAUUUUGAUGGUUUUGUAGUUGAAGUUUGGAGUCAGCUGGGAAAUCAAAAGCAAACGGAGUUGAUUCACUUGCUCAUUCACCUUUCUGAAGCUCUGCGUGAAGCACAUCUUAAACUCAUACUGGUCAUCCCUCCUGCAGUUGCAGCAGGGACUAACCAGCCAGGAAUGUUCACAAAGAAAGAAUUUGAUCAGUUGGCCUCAGCAAUAGACAGCUUCAGUCUCAUGACAUACGACUAUUCAACACCACAACGACCUGGUCCAAAUUCCCCUCUUCCGUGGGUACGAGCCUGUGUUCAAGUACUGGAUCCUGAUUCAAGAUGGAGGAAUAAAAUACUUUUAGGGCUGAAUUUCUAUGGCAUGGACUAUUCUGCUUUGGGAGCCUCUGGGGAGCCAAUCGUUGGUAGCAG